GCAAGGAUGGCAAUGGUAAAGGGACUCCUCUUCAGACAGCUGUUUGAGUCUGAGAGCUCCACAUAUACCUACCUGCUGGCAGACGCAGACACCAAGGAGGCUGUCAUCAUUGAUCCUGUGCUGGAGACCAUUGACAGGGACCUGAAAUUCGUAAGCGAACUUGGACUCAAACUGACAGUGGCAGUUAACACCCACUGCCAUGCAGACCACAUAACAAGCACAGGACCAAUGAAGAAAAGAGUACCUGGACUGAAGAGUGCCAUUUCCAAACUUAGUGGUGCAUCUGCUGAUAUCCACUUAACAGAGGGAGACAAGAUCCCCUUUGGAAGACACUGCCUGACUGUGAGAGAGACACCAGGACACACUGAUGGGUGUAUAACGCUGGUAACUGGGGAUCAGACUAUGGCUUUCACUGGUGAUGCUCUCCUCAUUAGAGGCUGUGGCAGGACAGACUUCCAGCAGGGUUGUGCCAAAAGGCUUUACAAGUCAGUCCAUGAGAAGAUCUUCACCCUGCCUGAUGAGUGCCUCCUCUACCCAGCACAUGACUACUUAGGUCGGAUGGCUUCGUCAGUCGGCGAGGAGCGCAAGUUUAAUCCACGCCUAACAAAGACCAUGGAGGAGUUUGCAGAUAUCAUGAACAACCUGAACCUGCCCAAUCCCAAAAAAAUGGCAACUGCAGUGCCUGCUAAUCUGGUUUGUGGACUGCAAGACUAA